UCGCAGCACGGUGUCACGAACACUAAUGCAAAUCUACUGGUUGAAAAUAUGCCCAUUUGAUUUUGCUGGAAACAGCUGAUCUUUGUUUACUAUUUUCAACCAGUAACUCAAGUGGUGUUCGUGUAAUGCAGCGUGUACGUACACGCAACACUACUAAAAGCAGAAACCACACCUCAUUAGAGGCACACCGUGCACUAAAAUGCAAAAACGGCAAAAACAGAAAAGUUGUUUUGUUGACAGACUGACUGGUGUGAUAAAGUCGAUCAUUUCCAUUCUUUAUUUAGUUGUUGCUGAAGUUGUAAAUUGACGCUGCCUAGUAAAUAAUACAUUAUAAAAUGGAAUACCUCCCGUGUGAAAUGAUAGAAAACAUAUUUUCAUUUCUGGCUUAUGACGAACAUCUGCGAGCCACAGAAGUAUGCAGCCGUUGGAAGGACAUCUUCGAAACACGUGUUAUAUAUAAUACUUUGCUGACGAUUACAAAUAAGAAUCGCGAAGGACAGGAUCAAAACUGUUUAAACUAUGCAGUUCGAAAGCUAGCAAAAAGCACGCGAACGUACCGCGAUCUGAAAUUAGCCGAUAUUGAUUUUGCCAUCAUCGAACGAAGCACCGAAAUUCAGUUUUCCGUCAUGAUUGCAAAUAUUGGGAUAAAUAUCGUAAAUUUGAUCCUGCAGGAUUGUCGACUAACGUACGGAAAACUGCUUAUGAUUGUUCAGCUAUUGAAACAUGUACAAACUAUACGCAUUGAUAAUUGUAGUAUAUUUCACGAUUCCAUGCCUGUGCCUGAGUUUAUGGCAAUUGUCGAAAACAUUCAAAAAGUAGAAAUUUGCGACGUUGAAACUGAAGAUGACUCUUCGUUAGCUAACUUUUUGAUUAGAAGUAAUUCGGCGAACAUUAUUUUGCAAAUGAACUAUUCCUGCAUAGAACCUAAAGUCGAAUUGAUCGAAAAUUAUGCAAGCAGGUUAAAGCAGUUGGCAUGCGUGUAUAAUGAAACACGCACCAUUCGAAGGAUACUUGGAUCUGCUGGUUUAGCUCUCGAGUCCCUGAAGUUGCAUAGGAAUCCCAGCGCUGCAAUGCAUUUCCUCACGUAUCGGGAAACAAUAGCGACUCAAACGAACCUGCGGGAGCUGAUUAUAACCAUGCCAAUUUCCCUGCGUAUUUUAGCCGACAUUUCACGCAAUCUGAGCUCCUUGGAAUUUUUGAAAGCCAAAAUUGACGACUACGAGACUGACGAAUCAAUUCCUUUCAAAUGGCCAAAACUUAAGACGCUCGACCUUACACUUUCCGGAGAGGCCGACGUUAUGCUGCAUGAAAUGGAAUUCGACAGUCGGCUUGAAGAAUUGCGACUACACGCGAGUAUAAUAACCAAAUACACGAUGAUGCAUAUCUACGAAAAAUGCAAUGAAUUAAGAAAACUGACCCUCGCAGCGCUAUCGUUGUUGCGAUGUGAAAAAAUGUUUGGUUCGAUUGGAGAGCGGCUACCCCAUUUAUCUGAAAUCGAACUUCAAUGCGGUUCACGGACUACGUUCAUUUAUUUUUUCGAGUCAGUUCUAUUUUUGAAACACCUCAGGACGUUGGCAUUCAUCUAUUGUGACUUAAUUACGAACAAAACUCUAACAAAUGUCAAAUUGCCUUACCUGAGAAAAUUAGAAAUCGUGAAAAAUGUCAAGAUUUCGAAGGAAGGAUUGCAACAUUUGUUCACCAAUUGCCCCAGAAUAAGUUCACUUACGCUGCGAGGUUGUCCCGGUAUAGAUGAUGACGCGGUACAGGUAAUUGUUGCCUGCUUGCCGUGGCUGGAGUAUCUCGAUAUUAGUAAAUCAGCACGCAUUACACUAAACAGUAUUCGACUUAUUUUCGAGGGAUGCCGGUUCUUGAAGGACUUGCAAAUAGAUGACUGCGGACGUUUGCUGAUUGAAUGGCGACAAGCGCCUUGCUACAUACACAGCUUUCAUCGAUUAAAAAAAUACUACAAUGCGUAUCCUGAAUAUUUCUAUUCCUACCUACCUGUCGAAAAAAUCGGAAGCUUGGAUAGCGACUUUUGCUACUACGAGGAUAGCUCAGUCGACCUUUCCGACAUAGGCGACUACGAAGAUGAUGAUGAGCCUAGUGGUCCACUCAAUGACGAGCUAAACCAUGACGAAGAGGAAGCUGAGCAUAUUAUUGUUAUCAGUGAUGAUGAGUGACAGUUUUUGUCGUUUUAUAAAAUCAAUCAUAACAAAUGUAAAUAUUGUUAAUAAAAAUAACGAUUGGUACCAAAUAA